CUGAUGAUGUUCUCUGUGCUCUCUGUGGUCCUUUUCUUUGGGUUGUUGACUCCAUCACAAGGGCUACUAGAAUCAGUCGGAACGAUUGCACGGCUUGAUAAAGAUGAACUGGCAUCAGCCAUCCAGAAUUCUCUAGUGGGUGGUCCCAUCCUACAGAAUGUGCUGGGGACUGUCAUAUCCUUGAACCAAGGUCUACUUGGGUCUGGAGGGCUGCUUGGAGGAGGAGGUCUACUUGGUUAUGGUGGGAUAGUUGGAGCUGUGGAACAGGUCUCUGGGUUGAAGAUUGAAGAGCUCACGCUCCCCACGGUAUCCCUGAAGCUACUGCCAGGAUUUGGGGUACAGUUAAGCCUACUGACCAAAGUUGGCCUCCAUGGAUCAGGCUCUCUGGGGAGCCUGUUGCAAGUGGCAGCUGAGGUGAACGUGUCAUCCAGGGUGGCUUUGGGGAUAAGUCCCAAGGGCACACCAAUCCUCAUCGUGAAGAGCUGCAAUACCCUUUUGGGUCAUAUCAGCCUGCUAUCUGGACUGCUGCCGGCCCCACUCUUUGGUGUGGUGGAACAGACACUCUUCAAGGUGCUGCCCAAACUGCUGUGUCCCGUCGUGGACACUGUCCUGGUGGUGGUGAAUGAGUUCCUGGGCGCUGUGCUGCGCCUUGUUCCCCUGGGUGCCCUGGGAACCGUGGAAUUCACACUGGCUACCCUGCCCAUCAUCUCCAACCAGUAUAUCCAGUUGGACAUCAAUUCUCUGGUUAAGAGUGCAGCUGGUAACGUGAUCGACUUCCCUGAGCCCCCAAAGCCCAUCAAGAUGCCCCUACAGGAGGAUCAUACCUCGCAAGUGGCAGUGCCAUUGUACCUCUUCAAUACUGUAUUUGGACUCCUUCAGACCAAUGGGGCCCUGGACAUUGACAUCACACCCGAACUGGUUCCUAGCAGGGUCCCCCUGACAACCACGGCUUUGGCAGAACUGCUUCCCAAGGCCCUGGAAACUCUGCCCUCAGAUCAACCUUUGCUGAUCACAUUGAAAGUAAAGGAAGCACCAGCAUUCUUACUGAAGACUGGGAAAGCCUCUGUGUCGCUCACUGCGGCUAUGGAGGUGCUGGUUUACCACUCCCAUGGGACCCUAUUUUCACUGGAUUUGGUCCUGACACUGAGUGCUCAGCUAGCUACCUCAGCAACUAAACUACACUUGUCCCUCUCUCUGGAACGGCUCAGUGCCAAGCUGGUUUCUUCCUAUGCUGCUAACUUUGAUGUGUCACAUCUAGAAGAGUGGCUCAGUGAUGUCAUGCGGGAGGCCUACCUGCCAAAGCUCAAUGUGAAUUUGGAAGUAGGCAUCCCUCUGCCUAAGAUCCUCAAUGUCAACUUUGCAAAUGCGACUCUGGAGAUCAUUGAGAAUGCUGUCUUGCUGACUGUGCCUUCACGAGGCUGA